GGUUCUUCCGGGCCUCGGAACUUUUCUUCCCGGAGCGGAGGGAAGCCUUUCCAGUAGUACUUUCCGGCGUUAUUGACCCUAUUUCCCGUGCUGCACCGCAGCCCCUUUCUCUUCCGGUUCUAGGCGCUUCGGGAGCCGCGGCUAAAGGUGCAGACAUGGCCAAGUCCAAGAACCACACCACACACAACCAGUCCCGAAAAUGGCACAGAAAUGGUAUCAAGAAACCCCGAUCACAAAGAUACGAAUCUCUUAAGGGGGUGGACCCCAAGUUCCUGAGGAACAUGCGCUUUGCCAAGAAGCACAACAAGAAGGGCCUAAAGAAGAUGCAGGCCAACAAUGCCAAGGCCAUGAGUGCACGUGCCGAGGCUGUCAAGGCCCUCGUAAAGCCCAAGGAGGUUAAGCCCAAGAUCCCAAAGGGUGUCAGCCGCAAGCUUGAUCGACUUGCCUACAUUGCCCACCCCAAGCUUGGGAAGCGUGCUCGUGCUCGCAUUGCCAAGGGGCUCCGGCUGUGCCGGCCAAAGGCCAAGGCCAAGGCCAAGGCCAAGGAUCAAACCAAGGCCCAGGCUGCAGCUCCAGCUUCAAUUCCAGCUCAGGCUCCCAAAGGUGCCCAGGCCACUACAAAGGCUACAGAGUAGGUAUCUCUGUCUGCCAAUGUGAGGACAGAAGGACUGGUGCGACCCCCCACCCCCACCUCUGGGCUGCCAUCUGCAUGGGGCUGGGGUCCUCCUGUGCUAUUUGUACAAAUAAACCUGAGGCAGGAUUUGUUAGCCUCUGUCUAUGA